AUGACCCAAAAACAAUGGGAAUUUUUUCGAAUUUUAGCAAUUUCUUCGUGUAUUGCUUCAUUAGCUAGUGUAAUAUUAUUAGCUGUUUGUAUUCCUUUAAUUUAUAUUCAAAUUGAGGAAGAAAAUGAAUUUAUUGGGUUAAAAGCAAAACAAUUUAGAGAAAAUUCAGAAAGAAUAUGGACUAAUACUAAUUAUCAAAAUUUGGAGAGAAAUAGUGGAGAAAAUGAGAGAAAGAAACGAGCAGUGUUAAAUGUUGGAGGAAUUUGUUCAGGUAAAAAUUAUAGGGAAAAUACAGAAAAAUACAAAUUUCCGGAAAGGAAAAAUACAAAAGGAAAAAUACAAAAUUCCGGAAAGGAAAAUACAGAAAAUACAAAUUUUCCGGAAAGAAAAAAUACAAAAAUACAAUUCCGGAAAAGAAGUAAUUAA